UCUGCUAUUGUGGUGACUGAAUUGCUUUCCAGUACCAGGGCAUUUAGUUAAGCAGAUUGUGUUUCUUUACACCCGUGUGAUGAUUUCUCUUGAUGGCGGUUGGUGACAAGUGGCUUUGGGGAACGGCAGCAUCGACACAAACAGGGACAUGAAUAUGCAUACAAACCACAUCAUAACGAGAUGGGAUGCUGUAUUACCGGGAUCAUGAACUGUGCUUUUGAAAGAAGAAUUGGUAACACUGGACCAGUGAAACCUCCAUCUUCCGUCCACUAACCAUGAGAAGUGCAGAGGAAAUGCACGGGUGGACAGUAAAAAUGAGCAUGCCGAGUGUUUUGGCCAUGGUUACGGUCUUUUCUAUGAUUCCUGGCGGGGUGCUGAGCGAUAUGAGAGGUACUCAGGGUCUGGAAGCCCAACAAUUGGCCCAAGGGUCCACUCAUCUGCACCGUCGCCUGAAGAGAGGCUGGAUCUGGAAACAGCUGUUUGUCCAGGAGGAAGAUCCCACUCCUCGUGUUAUUGGCCAGAUCAAAUCUGACUAUGACCGAGGCGAGUUUUCCAUCAAAUACAUAUUAUCAGGAGAAGGCGCCGGAGAUUUGUUUGAGAUAGACGAAUAUUCAGGUGAGAUCCGGACACUGAAGAAGCUGGACCGAGAGGAAAAGGCCUUCUAUGUGCUUCAAGCCCAGGCUAUCAACAGGAGGUCCAAUGAACCUGAGGAGCCCCAGUCCGAGUUCAUCAUCACAGUGCAGGACAUCAAUGACAAUGUCCCGCAGUUCCAGAACGAACCGUAUGUGUCCAGCAUCCCUGAGAUGUGUCCAAUUGGGACCACAGUGGCCCAGGUGACAGCCACAGAUGCUGACGAUCCCAUGUUCGGAAACAACGCCAAGCUCAUCUACUCCAUCCUGCAGGGGGAGCCCUACUUCUCUGUGGAGCCAAAGACAGGGAUCAUCGUAACAUCCUGGCCAAACAUGGACCGUGAGGCCAGAGAGCAGUUCCUGGUGGUGGUGCAGGUGAAGGAUAUGCUGGGCCUCAGCGGCGGUUACUCUUCCUCCACCACCGUCACCGUCAGCCUGACUGAUGUGAACGACAAUGGGCCCACAUUCCAGCACCACCUAUACACCUUUGCUGUCCCUGAAAAUGCAGCCGUGGGCACUACAGUGGGCCGGAUCAUGGCGCAUGAUGGAGACACUGGCAUCAAUGCCAGGAUGAGCUACAGUCUGGAGGACGACUUGGAGGAAAGCUCCACUUUUCUCAUCAAAACAGACCCGAUGACGCAGGAGGGUGUAGUUGUGCUAACCAAGCCUUUGGACUAUGAAACUAAAAGACGUUUUGUCAUGGCCGCAGAGGCAGUCAAUGAUCACGUGGACACUCGUUUCCUGACUCUGGAUGAAUUCAGCGACAGGACGACGCUCAAGAUUGUUGUGGAGGACGUGGACGAGCCGCCUGUCUUCCUCUCUGCGGUGUACGAGUGGAAAGUCCCUGAAAAUGCAGCUGUGGGAACCGUGGUUGGCAGCGUUAGUGCCAGAGACACUGACAUAGUCAACAAUCCCAUCAGAUACUCAAUUGACAAAAGGAGCGAUAACACAAAAGCUUUCAAAAUAGACCCAAACAAUGGAACUAUAACUGUCGCCAGAGCUUUGGACCGAGAGACUACAAACUGGCACAAUGUGACUGUUGACGCCAAGGAAACAACGCAGAACCAUUUAUCCUCCUCUGUGGUGGUGUUCAUCAAAGUGCUGGACAUAAACGACAACGUGCCAAGGCUUGCAAGAGAUUACCAGCCAUAUAUCUGUGAGGGAACACAGGCGGGAGAACUCAUUCAGCUGCUCAGUGCUGUUGAUCCAGACGAGCCCGUGGAGGGACACCACUUCUACUUCUCUAUGGUCCCCGAAAAGCACAUUAAUCCAAACUUCACUAUCAGAGACAAUCAAGACAAUACAGCCGGCAUCGUGGCACGCAGGAGUACCUUCACCCGUAAGGAUCGAACCCAAUACCUCCUGCCCGUUGUGGUGACGGACAGCGGCUCCCCAGCUCUCUCCAGCACCAGCACGCUGACCAUCAGCGUGUGCAGCUGCCAGCCGGCCGGUCAUUGUCCAACAGGAGGGGUGGAGGCCCUCGCCCUGUCCAUGGGGGUCAGCCUGCAGACCUUGUUAGCGCUUCUGGUCUGCCUGGUCACACUCACAGUGCUGUCAGUUCUAAUGCUGAUGCUGAGGAGGCACAGGCGGAAGCAGCAGGAGGGACUGGAGGUGGAGGUGAAGGAGCUGGAGCUGCCUGAGACGGUGUCGCAGAAGGUGCUGUAUUACAGAGAGUCUGGGGGUGGAGGAGCGGGUCUGGACUUCUGCCAGCCUGCUGUCCCGCUGCGCCACCACCCCAGGAGGAGGGAGAGGAAGCUGCGGAGGGAGGACGUAAGGGCCAGUAUAAGGAUGUCCCUCAGGGAGUCCCACCUCAUCGGGCCGGACGACGAGGUCUUCAGGCAGUUUAUCCUGGACAGGCUGGCAGAGGCGGAUGAGGAUCCUUACGUUCCUCCGUUCGACUGCCUGAGAACCUAUGCAUACGAGGGGUCGGGAUCUCCCACAGGGUCCCUGAGUUCCCUGGACUCAUUUAAUUUAGAGCAACCCGUUUGUAAUCCCAGACCCAAUAUGGUUAGACUCACCCCUUGGUAUGGGGGAGGAGAGGAGGACACCACUUUCUGAGGGGCUCUCCUGCGUAACCCUUUGAAACCUGAGCAAAGUGGCUUGAUUUCUUUAAAAAAACAAAAAAAAAAAACAGAAA